CACCCGCUCCGUGUGAGAAAUUAAACACUGAUAAUCCAUUAGCUUCAUCUUCCCCGCUUACGCGAGAGUGAUGAAGACUUGCUAAUUAAUUUACAUACGAGGCAAUGAUCUCUGAAGGAAGGAAAAAAUACCCCGUUGCACCUGCUCCGCCGAGACUUGUCAUCUGAAUCUGGAGGAGAGCUAUAAAUCAUGUAAAGUGUUCGCGGUGGAGUCGGCUUCUGAGAGCUGUAGGAUUAUGUAUCCAAAUGCUGAAUUUAUAUUUCCCACUAGGAAAAGACUGAAACUCAGAUGCUUCAGAAACUUGCUGUGUGUUUGCCACGGGUUCCGCCAACCAACUGGAGAGGGGACUUUCCUAUUCUUUCAUUAGUCAAGCACAACAUUACCUUGAACUAAUUAUUCCUCUCCACAUGGCCUUCCUACUAGUGUCAGCUUAUCUUCUGCUGACUCAUGCUCAGGGUGCUCCUGCUGAGCAUGGGGCACUGUUGGAAACACUGAAGUCACAAGUAGGGUUAUUCAGCAAUAAAAGUGAACACUAUUCGGCACAGGUGAGACCUCCUGGCACAAGCCGACAAAUACCUCAGACAAUCAUCAUAGGAGUUCGUAAAGGAGGGACAAGGGCGUUGCUGGAAAUGUUGGAUAUUCAUCCUAAUAUUGUGGUAGCAGCUACAGAAGUCCAUUUCUUUGACUGGGAUGAAAAUUAUGUGAAAGGAAUAGACUGGUAUAGAAGUCUGAUGCCAUUUUCUUAUGGAAAUCAAAUUACAAUUGAGAAAACACCAGGCUAUUUUACAUCACCACAGGCUCCAGGAAGAAUUCAUGACAUGAAUAGCUCUAUUAAACUGCUGCUCAUUCUAAGAGAUCCCACUGAGAGAGUUAUAUCUGACUAUACCCAAGUAUAUUACAACAGAGUAGAAAGCCACAAGCCUGUUCAGCUUUUUGAAGAUAUUGUUAUUAAGAAUGGAGCACUUAAUACCAAAUACAAAGCUAUUCAGAGAAGUCUAUAUGAUGUUCAUAUGGAAAAGUGGCUUAAGCAUUUCAGUUUGGAUCAGAUUCACAUAGUGGAUGGCAAUACUUUAAUCAAGGACCCUCUUCCUGAAUUACAAAAAGUUGAAAGAUUUCUAAAUCUUCCUUCACGGAUUAUGUCUUCUAAUUUUUAUUUUAACCAGACCAAGGGAUUCUACUGCAUUAGAAGUGAUGGAAGGGAGAGAUGUUUACAUGAAUCCAAAGGCCGCCCCCAUCCCCUUGUGAACGACACUGUUUUAGAGCAACUGUAUUCUUACUUCAGAGAGCACAACGCAAAAUUUUACAGAAUGGUUAAUCAUUCCUUUGACUGGCAUUAAUGCAUUUGGAAUCAAUGUUUCUUAAAAAGGGCCUGAAACAAAGUCUUUCAAACAUAUCUCUCUAAACUGUAGAGAUUGGUACUAUGAGAACUUAACAUACUGGUUAUAUGCUUCAUUGGAAUAACACAUGUGUUAACUCACUGAAACGGUACCCUUCACGUUGGGAAAAGUAAGUUUCAUGUAUUUGUAUGACUACUGUGAGUCAUAUUCUGAUCUUUCUUUCACCAUGCAAAUACAUUAACUUCAGCGGACUUAUUUCAGAUACUUACCUGUUACAAGAUUUGUGCUGUUUUGGAAAAAAUUACUGCUUCUAACAGUGUAAAAAAUGUAAAUAUUUGAAAUGGUAUUAUUCUAACUGUUCUGUAUUUUUUGUUGUUAGUAUUUUUUAUAUCACACACAAUGAUAGUGGUGUUGAUUUCUAGAAUUUUUCAUACAAUAAGUUAAAUCGUAUGUUAAACAGGGGCAUACGUAGUGGCUCCAAUAAAUAAUUCAUCCUCUGUUAAUAUGCUGAAGUGCUUAAUCAAUUAAUACUAAAAGGAAUCUAUUUCAUCUAUGAUUUUGAAUAGGUGAACUAGAAGAUCCCUGUCUGUAUAUCAUUAGUAUUAAACCACACUCUUACUAUCCUGGGUUUGCAAAAAAAAAAAAAAAAAAAAUUAUCUCCAAACAAACUAAGAAUAUGAACUGUUUGAAGAAGCUUUAAGUGAGAGUUCUGAAUGUAAAGACAUUAAAAUAUCCCAGGCAACCUCAAUUUACACUGUUAUUCUACGCACUUAAAAAAAAAAUUAAUGCAAAAAAAUUAUUAAUAUCGGCAACUGUACAACUAUUUGAUUAUAUAAAUUAUGUCACUUUCCUCUUGAAUGGAAAAGCUCUUCAUUAGUACUACCAUAUUAAUCAUGUUUGUAUUCUGUGACUAGUUAUUCUGCUACUCUCCUAGCUUUGGUUUACAUAUCUCCAUUGGCAUAGCACAUGGAUUCUUGUCCAAAAAAAAAAAAAAAAUUAUUUGCUUGCCCUGCAAAGCAUGGAGUAUUUUUAUUUUGUCAUUUCUAAUGCACAUCAUGGGAUGUUCUCAAAGGUAAAAUAACAUCUUGUUAUACUGUAUAUCUCAGACACAGUGUUCAAUAUGCUAAGUAUGACAUACUCAGAUUAUAUAUAAAAACCACACCCACCUCUACCCCUGCAUUAGGAAUUGUUUUAUUUUUAAUAUUUAUUUUGUUUCACACUAUUGUGCUAGUCUGUUCUCCUUUUUCAUGUAAACAUUUUAUGAUAUAUCAAUACCAAAGAAGAAAAUCAACUUGAAAUGUUAAAUGUGGUGCCAGAUAGAACUACAGCUGCAGAUGUGCUUGUUUGAAAUUGUACCUUGCAAUCCAGAAACUCUGGUGCACGCCCUAGUAGAAGCAUUCAUUAGGUGCAUUCCUCUUCGAGCUUCUCCGGACACUGGUAAGCUAUGGUUGUGUGGGUCCACUCUGAGCAUCGCAGUGUCAAACUCCACCUAACCCUGGUGAGAAUCCUGAAUCUGUGUCCUGUCUAAGCUACUGUGCAGCCUAUAGGAGUAUUAUGUUCCCAACAUGGGAUUCAGUCUUCCACUUCACAGGCUAAAAGGUAUGUAUUGCAGCACUAAUUUUUAGACUUCUAAUACUUUAUGAGGGGGCUGCUUAGAUGUUAGGCAGGUAGCAGUAUUAACACUGAAGCUGGACAGAAUCAGACCCAGCCAGAUUAUGUGGAAAUAGCCUUCAUCAAAUACUCCCCUCAAUAAAUGUAGAAUGUUAAAAAUAAUAUAAUAAAUCUUACUCUUUAUCUCUUCUGCUACUUGUAUGUAUAUGUACGAGAGAAAAUUAUAUUUAUUUGUCAUUAGCAUAUAAAUAACCUCUGAAGUUAUCUUUCUGAAGUAUGAUUAUUUACUACAGCUCUGAUUUCUACAGAUGGCCCAAAUCGUUAUUUACGUCUCCCACGUUUUCUGAGAUUGUGUCUUCUUAAUCAUUAAUAUUGAUCAGAUCUGGCCACUACUCAGAAGUACAAGGUUGAUCUGAAUCAGGCAUCAAGUCUUUCUCUUUCUUCUCUGAAGUUUACAGCUAAUCUUUAAAUGAGUUGAAUGUGGGAACACCAGUUGGCAGAAGCUGUAUGCAUCUUUGAAAAUGCAGGUCCCUUUCUGGAAUUUACAUUUCAAGGAGAGCUGAUCUGUAUGGAUUAGUGAUGCAUAUAUCUACUUGAUUUGUUAGCACUCUUCAUUCCUGCUCAGCAUUUUUGGGAAGAACAGAGUUGAUAAAAUUAAUUCAAUGAUCAUUUUAGAGUUUACUAAUACCAGAAGAAAUAUAUUAUGCAUAGUAUAAUUUGGGUGAGGGGUUGGUUGUUUUGGUUUAGUUUUACAUAAGUCAAGAUUCUCAUCUGAAGUUUUGUUUUGGUAAAUGGUGUACAAAGAUGCAACUUAACCUCUGCAUAACAGAAUUCAAUAAAUACAGUAGAGUAUAUUUUAUCAUUA